UGCCGAUUAUAGGCGUGAGAGCUGGAGUUUUGGGUGGGAUGUAAAAACUCAGAUGUGAGUGAAGAGCCCAAACCCAGCUGCGGCAGGGCCAGAGUUGAGUGGGUAAACUUCACAAAGAAUAAUGCUGGAGCCCUUGAUUUGUUGAAGGAGCUUAAGAAUAUUCCCAUGACCCUUGAGUUACUACAGUCUACCAGAAUUGGAAUGUCAGUUAAUGCAAUACGCAAGCAAAGCACAGAUGAAGAGGUUACAUCUUUAGCAAAAUCUCUUAUCAAGUCUUGGAAGAAGCUGUUAGAUGGACCUUCAACUGAUAAAGAUUCUGAAGAAAAGAAGAAGGAGCCUGCAUCUUCCUCACAAAACAGCCCUGAUGCCAGAGAAGAAAGCAGUUCAAGUAGCAAUUCCAGCAGCAGGAAGGAGGAGGGUAGUGCUCCCUCAAAUUCUUUCAUCCCUUCUUUUCCCCGGGCUCCAAGCACUUCAGACUCUGUACGAGUGAAAUGUAGAGAAAUGCUCUCUGCAGCUCUCAGAACAGGAGAUGAUUACAUUGCUAUUGGUGCUGAUGAAGAAGAGCUGGGUUCUCAAAUUGAAGAAGCUAUUUUUCAAGAAUUAAAAAAUACUGAUAUGAAAUACAAAAAUAGGGUACGAAGUAGGAUAGCGAAUCUCAAGGAUGCAAAGAACCCUAACCUAAGGAAAAAUGUAUUAUGUGGAAACAUUCCUCCUGACAAAUUUGCUAAAAUGACAGCAGAGGAAAUGGCAAGUGAUGAGCUGAAGGAAAUGCGCAAAAAUCUGACCAAAGAAGCUAUCAGAGAGCACCAGAUGGCUAAAACAGGAGGUACCCAAACUGAUCUGUUUACAUGUGGCAAGUGCAAAAAGAAGAACUGUACAUACACCCAGGUUCAAACCCGCAGUGCUGAUGAACCCAUGACAACGUUUGUUGUCUGUAAUGAAUGUGGAAACAGAUGGAAGUUCUGUUAGAAGAAGAAAUUGUCAAGACAUCUGGACCAGUAUGAACGAGGAUUUUGUAAUUAGCUUUAAAAACUAGACUAAGCAUUUAGCUUCCUGCAAAUGAGAGGGUUUUUUGGUUUUUCUUUUCUUUUUAUUUCAAAGCAGCAUACAUGCCUCAAGUUAGCCUUUGUUUUGACACAACCAUCAUUUCCUUAAAUGCCUUCCUAUAGCUGGUAGUCAGUAGGGUCAGGUUGCUCAAUUGUAUGGUGAAUUUUAAAAUAUUUUUUCAUUUUUAUAAGUAAGUUGACAUUAAACUUUUACCAGUUAAACAUUUUGGUAAUUGUCUUGUUUUUUUCUAACUAUGUGAAUAAUGUACUGUAUUUUUUGUGGUCUGAAAUAUACACGCUCCUCCUGUGUGUAUUUUGCCUCUCCACAUGUGCUUGGUUGUAAGAAUGAAAAUUGUUUCUCUCUGCUUUGUUCACUUUGCUUUGCAAGCAGAAAAAGUAUAUAAGUUCCUCAUAACAUUAAGCUCAGUUGUUAAAUAAUACACAAUUUAAUUAACUCUUUACUUUGUGUGCUCUUUGUGGACUAGGACUAAAUUUGCAGUCAUGGGAUUUGAAUAUUUGUUAGUGGAAAUGAUGACCUCUUUUGCAAUGGUUGGUUAAGCUUGUUUAUGUAACCAGCUUUGAUCAAUGCAAUAUAUUUUAUUGCCCAAAGCAUGUAUUUUACCUUUUACCAGCAGGCAUUAUUUCUAAGAAUGUCCUAAAAUAGUGGUUAAAUCUGAGUGUUCAGUCUUGCUUAAUGUGCUUGACAACCAACUUGGGCUUAGACUUUGUAAAUAAGCAAAGGCAUUGUGUUGUAGGCUAUCCUAAUAACACCAGCUAAGCAAUUCAUUACAUUAAACUGGCUGGGGAGAUAAUACUAUACUCCCUUCAUUUAAAUGGCAUUGAUUUUGUUCAUGAAAUGAUUUUUUGAAAUGUAGGGUAUCUGGUGUCCAUCAUAGACCUGCAAGUGGGAAUAAAUUAUUAAAAUUAUGAUCUUUUCCAUAUGAGAAAUUAUAUAAAUGCUGCAUUUUUAGAUUUUGCUUUUUAGCAGUGCAUGUUUAGGAUUAUUUGCAAAUGUGUUUUCAAGAAAAAACAUGUCAACAUCUUUAGAAGAGAUUAAGUUCAUUAAAUCUAAUUUUAUAUUACUUAAUUUGUUAGAGUUUGGGGCUGAGGAGGUCUAUUUUGGCAUUGUAUAAAUUAUCCAUGAGGGAAUGGGAAGAGUAUGCGCAGCUCCUGGAAAAUAAAUUCCUUGAAUGUAAAGGAAAACCAA